AUGGCACUGUCAAAAAAAAGAAAAGUGGACACGGAGUGCAGAGUUUUCAAGGAAAAAUGGACUGAGAAUUAUUUAUUCACAGAAGUGAAUGCAAAACCAGUGUGCUUGGUAUGUCAUCAGCAAGUUGCAGUGUUCAAAGAGUUUAAUAUUCGGCGCCACUAUGAGACUCAUCAUAAAGACAAGUAUGACCACUUGAAAGGACAAAUAAGGAAAGACGAGAUAAACAAAUUGGUGGCUGGUCUGAAGAAACAGCAGUCUACUUUUACGCGCAGCCGCAAUAUCGCUGAUGGGGCUUUAAGAGCCAGCUACAUUAUUGCCAACGAGCUGGUGCAGGCAUCCAAGCCAUUUUCUGAUGGGGAGUUUGUAAAAACAUGCAUGCUGAAGUCAUUUAUCGCAUUUUCAAUUGCAAUAGAUGAGAGCACCGAUGUCACAGAUAUUGCUCAACUGGCCAUAUUCAUUAGAGGUGUUGAUGAAAAUUUGACCAUCACAGAGGAGCUGCUUGAAUUGGUGCCCAUGAAUGACACCACAACAGCAGAUGACAUUUUCAGCGCUCUCGUUGGCGCGCUGGACAAGGUGGGAGCGGACUGGUCCCGUGCCGUGAGCCUGGCUACCGACGGUGCGCCAUCAAUGGUCGGGAGAAAGGCAGGCGUUGCCACAAAAUUCCGUGACAAAGUACAGACCGCAAAUGGAGGACAAGAGUUUUGGGCAUUUCACUGUAUACAUCAGGAGGCAUUAUGUUGCAAAACACUGCAAAUGGACCAUGUUAUGAGUGUGGUUGUGAAAACUGUCAAUUUCAUUAGGGCUGGUCUAAAUCACCAUCAGUUUGACACAUUUCUCAGUGAUAAUGACAUUCAUGCUGGCCUACCAUACCACACUGACGUGCGGUGGUUAAGCAGAGGUGCAGUACUCAAGCGCUUCUUUGAGCUACGAGGGGUAAUUGGACAGUUCAUGGAGAAGAAGGGACCCAGUAAGGAACUUAAAUGCAAGGAAUGGGUGCAGGAUCUUGCGUUUAUGGUUGAUAUUACACAACACUUGAAUACACUUAACACUACAUUGCAGGGCCGUAACAGAGUAGUCACUCAAUAUUACGACAGCAUAAGUGCGUUCAAGAUGAAACUGUCACUGUGGGAGACGCAGCUAUCCAACGGUGACACCGCGCAUUUCUCUUGUCUCACAGCUGUGCGUCCGGAGGCACCGGACCGUCCCGAUAAUGAUUUGGAAAAAUAUAAAGACAACAUAACAGAUUUGCUGCGAGAGUUUGAGCAGAGGUUUCAGGUAUUCAGGGAACUUGAGAACAAGUUUGGCUUUUUUCGCUCGCCAUUUACAGUGAAGCCUUCUGAUAUGCCAGCUGACAUUCAACUUGAGCUUAUUGACUUGCAGUGUGAUUCCGCUAUGAAGGAUAAAUUUGGGUCCGUGGGAUUGGAUACGUUUUAA